AUGUAAACCAUUUAAAUCAUAUUUUUCUUUUUUAUCAUGGGGAGCACAGCAAGAUUUGCCAAUACCGACACAUAUAAUUAAUCUAAAUUGGCAGAGAAAAUUCAUUAAAGUUAUCAUCAAACUUAACAAUAAAAUUGGCAACUCUAACAUCAAAAUAGUUCUACAAAAGACCUGAAUUUGACAAAUCAAAAGGAAAUAUAGUUCAAAAUCUGUUCAGAUAUAGAAGAUCCUGAAUAAUGUUCAAAACUUCAUCCUUCUGGAAUAGAAUGUGAAUGGAAUGGAUCUUGUCUGGCUAAACAUCAAUCAAAUAAAAUUCCUGAGUUAAUGAAGAAAGAAAAAUCUCUUAAGAAUCUAGAAAAAUAUACAUAUAGGGAUUAGUGUAGAGAAAUCUUUGAAAGAACAAAUUGUUUAGUUUCUAAAAUAUAAGGAUUACAAUGUGUUUGGGUUAACAAUUAAUGUUUAACUAACUGUAAUGUUAUAUCCUCUUAAGAUUUAUGCCUCAGAAAUAUUGCUACAACAAAUGUCUAGAAAUGUUUGAUAAUUAAAAAUCAAAAUGACAAUAAUUCUCGUCUAAAUUGUUCAUAACGCUCUUCUGAUUGCAAAUAUGAUGAUUUGAAUCAAUAUAGUUGCAUUUGGUAAAACAAUUAGUGCUAAGUUGCUAUGUGUCACUAAUUCCAAGAUGAAUAAAAGUGUAAUGAUUAACAAUCUUGCAAUUGGCAUAUUUCAAUGAAAAUGUGUUUAACAGAUACAGAAUUACCUUAGUAUGAUAAACCUUGCGACAUUUCAAUGAACAUGUCAAUUUUAAGCUACUAUGCUUUUCUUCUUCUGAUAUUUAUUUGA